AUGAACAGGAUUGAAAAGCAGGCCAAGGUGCCACUGGGCAUCGUCUCGUCUCUGCAAAACUCGCGACGAAGAGGCCAAAUCCCUGAAGGGGACAGGCGGAUAGAAUUGGAAUCGCCUUUGUGCCAUGCGUUGUUCGCAGUAAAUGCUGUGCGAGAAGAGCGUGUCGGUGGCCUACUCGUAGACGCGAUCAACCUCCAGUCCUCGCGGGAUGCUGCUGCCGUCUGGGCUUAUGACCUGGUCAUGCGCCAGGACGUCACCGAAGGCUUCCGAGACCUGGUGGUGGCGGCUCUCCAGAUGGAUGCAGUGGUGGAGGAGGCGCAGCAAUUGGCGGUGCAGGUGGUGAACAGAGUCCUUUCAGACGAAGGCACCAUUUUGGAGGCCAAGAAGGUGCUUCGCGACGCCCUGGAAGACCAGGAGUUGCGCAACUCCGCCAAGGAAUCGCUUUGGAGCAUCGUGAUCCCCUGGGGCUCCAGCCCCGAUGAAGUCAAACGUGCAGUGCGGUUAGCAGAGGCCAGGGUGAACAUCGGCAUGCCACUUUAUGAGCUGGCCUCCCUCCCUGCCCUCAAUGACGACGAGCGCGCAAGCCUUCGGUUGGUCCUUGCAGGUGCGGCUGAAAGCCGAGGGAAGGAAGGGUGCCCGAGCAGAGAAGAGGACAUCGCUGAAGGUGACGUCGUCCCCUGCGUUUGCGACUGCGACCCGAGGACCGAACCGGCUUCGGAGGCCUUGGAUCAGCUCGGCUGCAGCGCUUCGCGGCGCUUCGCGGCGCCUCGCGGCGCUUCGCAGGCUCCGCCUCCGGCCUCGGGGGUCUCAGAGGCCAAAGAAGCCGAGCAGGUUCCCGAGGAAACGAAGGAGAAGCAGGCCCCAACUGCCCUUGGAUCUUCCGCAAAGCACCGCCGCAGCCGCAGCCGCCUCGCACAGGCGCGGCCGCUUGAACUGACGACGCAGCCGCUCAAGGCACUGAAGGCAUCAGAGGCUCCUGCAGGAUCUUCAGGCGCGAGUCGCGAGGGUGGGGAAUCGUAG